AUGAGUUCGCAGGGCUCGUCGAUGGCGUCCCGUAAGCGGUCGCGUCAGGGACAUCCGGCCGUCUACUUCAAGAGGCAACCGUUCUACGAUGUCCUGGCCACGCUUAUCCCGCCGACGCCCCUCAAUAGCGGCAGACCCUUGCCGUGCCACGUGUGUCUUCACUUCAAGUUCUCGCAGCAUCACGCGAAGCAAAUCUUCACGUCGUUGCUGCGUAACAAAACGACGGGCAUUGGUGAACUGGAGGACAGCUACCCGGCCAAUUUGAAAGUCAAGGUGAACGAUCAGGCCUGCGCACUGCCGGCGUCGAUUCCAGUAAAGGCGUCCGGCGGUGCGACCGCACGCGUGUGCCUGCCCGUCAACAUAGUAUCCGCCUGCUUUUUGUAUCCUGGCGUGAAAAACAAGCUUUCGCUGAGCUGGCAGCGCGAACUGGGCCGCAAGUACUUCGUCGGCGUGUUCCUGGUUCGGAGGGAAUCCGCGGCCACGAUUCUUCGCGAACUGCAGCAGAAGAAUGCGCCGAGCAUCACCCAUACCAGAGAGCUGGUCAAAAAGACAGUGCAGGAUCGAGCAAGCGAUGGCGACGACAUCGCGGUGACGAGUCUUCACGUUUCUAUCACGUGCCCGCUGAGCAAGAAGCGCAUGAGCGUCCCGUGCCGCGCGCUCGGGUGCGAGCACGUUCAUUGCUUCGACGCACCGAGCUACUUCCAGGUCAACGAGGCGCAGCCCACAUGGAUGUGUCCCGUGUGCGGUCGGCCGGCCGAGUUCUCGUCGCUGGUCGUAGACCAACUUUUCAUGCAGAUUGUCGAGGAGGCGCCCGCUGACUGCGUCAGCGUCGUUUUCCGCGAGGACGGCUCCUGGACACCGUGGACGUCGUCGAAGCACGACGUCCCAGCUAGCCAAGCCUCGUCAUUUGCUAGGAGCUCGCAGGGGCCUUCGUCGUCCUCGUCUAACGAGCUGGACGGGCGGCCCAACAAACGGUGUAAGACGCAGUUUGCUGAUGUCACCGUGGAUGCUAUUGACCUCACGAUGGACGUUACUGACCUUACCAAGGACAGCUUCGACGAAGCGAAGGGCCGCGUAGCUGGCGUUCGUCUUCAGCCGGAGUCAGCAGGUCCUGGGUAUGACCCUAAUGCAAGUACUGAUCCAUCCUCCUCUAGUCAUCUCCAGUGA